GGGGCGCAGAGCGCGAGGUAAACAAAGCGCCCGUCAUGUUUUUACGGUGCGACCGAAUCAGCGUCCGGCUGGAAAAACGGGGCCACAGUGGGCAGCGAUACAGCCGAUACCGGUGAUGUUCUUGCAUAUGUCCUAACCCCUGUGUCAGCGAUGGAGGCGUCCAGGCUGCCCGCAGAGAUGUGGCGCCUUAUCCUGGCCUAUCUACCCCUGGCUGACCUGGGCCGUUGUUGCCUGGUAUGCCACGCAUGGCGGGAACUCGUACUGAGCCUGGAUAGCACCCGCUGGCGCCAGCUGUGUCUGGGCCUCCCAGAGUGGCGGCAUCCAAAUUGGCCACGCCGACCUCACCUGGCCCCACCGUCGUGGCGUGAAGCACUACGCCAGCAAGCCCUGGCCAGCCGCACGUGGACCCAGAAUGGAGCUGAACUCCACUCGUCUACCUGCCUGCACCUGUUCCGGCGCAGGAAAGACAGGAAAGUGUGGCAUGUUGGUUCCGUGCCUGGACAUGGUUAUGAGACGUUGAGAGGGGCACUGGCGACUGCUGGACCGUACGAUCGGCUGCUGCUCCACCCGGGUAUCUAUGAGGAACAAGCAGAGGUGACUCUAAAAGUGCCGGUUGAGAUCGUAGGGAUGGGGAAGCUUGGUGAUGUGGCUUUGCUGGUGAGCUUUGAUCAGCAGUGCCUGACCGCCAGGCUGUGCAAUUUGGUUUUGAUGCCAGCCUGGUUUUCACCAGUGGUGUAUAAGACAUCUUCAGGUCAUGUCCAGUUGGACAACUGCAACUUCGAGGGCUGUCAGUUGCAUGUCAGAGGACCAGGCACCUGCCAGGCUCGCUUCUGUUCGUUUGCCCAGGGUAGCUCUGCCCACUUUCUGGGUGUGGCCAUCAGCCUAAUGGACAGCUGUGAGUUUUCCGGUGGUGACUCUGCCUGUGUCACUAUGGAAGGUCCACCAGUUUCUGAGCGCAACUGGGCUUGUAAACACCUUGCCGCUUUGGCCAAAAUGUUAACCGUCUCAACCACGUCUACAAGCAGUCAGGAUGCAAAAGACAACUCGGGUGGAGUCAGUCCCAGAGAUUCUGCCAUGGAGGACUGGUCUAAACAGGACAUGGACUGGGAAACUGGCUGGAUGAAAUCAAAACCCCUUAAUGGAGGUCUGCUUUCAGGCCAGGAGGGUAUGAUGAUUGAGGAUGACAGCAUGGACACGUCAAGUGAAUCUGGUGAUGAUGAAAAACUAGAGAAUAGAAAUGAUGUUGGUUAUACACUCUCUUACGAGCAACAUGGUCUUGCACACCUCUCAGAGCCACGGAAGCCAGAUUUUUCCAUGUUUCCAGUGUUACUGAGCUUAAGUGCAGAGCUGCAGAGGGAUGCGGAGGCACAGGAGCUGGCAAAUUCAGUGCAAGGGUGCUUACUGCGCCACUGCCUGCUGCGUGAUGGCAAAGGGGGCGUUCAUUUAUGUAACCAUGCCCAGGCGAGACUGGAAGCCAACGUGUUCCGAGGACUCAACUAUGCAGUGCGCUGCAUCCAGUAUGCCAAGAUGGUGAUGUUGCGCAAUGAAGUGAGUGGGUGCCGAGCAUCUGGUGUUUUCUUGCGACUCUCUGCUCAAGGCCUGAUCGCUGAAAACAAUAUCCACUCAAACGGUGAAGCAGGAUUAGAUAUCCGUAAAGGAGCCAAUCCCAUCAUUCUGUGUAACAGAAUUCACAGUGGCCUGCGUUCCGGGAUUGUCGUCCUGGGCAACGGGAAAGGUUCCAUCCGUAGCAACAAGAUCUACGGCAACAAAGAGGCCGGAGUCUACAUUCUUUUCAACGGAAAUCCUGUGGUCAGUGGGAAUCACAUAUUCCAAGGUCUUGCUGCUGGCAUUGCUGUUAAUGAGAACGGAAGAGGACUGAUUACUGAGAAUGUGAUAAGACAGAAUCAGUGGGGUGGCGCAGACAUCCGUCGAGGAGGUGAUCCAAUCCUGCGCAAUAACUUCAUCUGUCAUGGCUACUCUGACGGAGUGGUGGUCGGGGAGAGAGGAAGGGGUCUUAUCGAGGGCAACCAUAUCUACGGCAACAGGGGCUGUGGUGUGUGGGUGAUGUUAUCGAGUCUUCCCCAGCUGACUGGAAACUAUAUAACCCAUAACCGCAUGUAUGGGCUGGCUGUGUUUUGCCGGAAGGACCCAGCAUUUUCAGCAGGCAGCGAGCGAGGAGGAGAGGGGGAAAGAGGAGGCCAGGAGAACUUUCACGAAGAAGGCGAGCUGCUAGCAUGGGAGAGCGACAUGGACAGUGAGGACGAGCGAUUCUCAACCCGCCGCCCAAUCACUGUGGCUUUAGUAGAGAAUAACUGCAUAAGCCAAAACGGAGCAGUGGGCGUGUAUGUGAAAAGCAGUGAGGCACUAAAUGUGGUGGGCAACAUGGUGGCCAGCAACCGAGCAGCAGGCGUGGCCAUCGUUCAGAGCGCACAGCUGACGCGACUUGUCAGCAACUGCGUCCAUGGCAACGGCAGAGCCGGAAUCACGGUAGACCGAGAAUGCCGAGUGGAGCUCCGAGGAAACGGUAUAUACGCUAACAGUUACCAUGGGGUGUGUUUCCGUGGUGAUGGGCAGAUCAUGGAAAACGACGUGGCUGGGAACGGGGUGAUCGGGAUACGGCUGAUAGAAAGCGCAGAUGUGAAAGUUCUCAGGAAUCGUGUGCAGUCUUUGCGUGGUUGUGCUAUCUCUGUAAGAGAGAGAGUUCGAGGUGUGAUCCAGGACAACCUGGUGUACCAGGGCUACCCCGACAACAAUAAACCACACAUAUACACUGACCCGCUCAACCAAGAGUGUGUCGUGCUCAGCAACACUCUGCUCACACACAGACCAAACACAAGCUGGGCUCUGGAAAACCCACCCCCUCGUCCUCUCGGCAGCAAUCCGCCAAGCUCUGCCCCUUCGUCACGCCCUGCCCACCUUGCCAUUAGCAUGACGAGCAGAAUCACCGCCACUGUAGAGAGUGGCUGCCAUAACAACGGCAGCAUCUUCUGUUGCAUUCUGUGAGGAACUGAAGGCACUUUUUGCACCUUGCGUCCAAUCAGGUGUUGGAUUAAAGCACUUCGGGGCACUGUUCAAAAAUAAAAGUUCUUCGAUUUAA